AUGGUAUCUCCAUUCAUUUCAUAUCGAACAUUCUUCUGUUCGGGAAAGGAAAAUCUCGCUUCUCCCCUGAUGACAAAUUCUCGAGGCAGAGAAUUCUACUCAAGAAACGCUUUGGUUUGCUGCCAACACAACAACCGGCGCCCAAACUUUGGUCUCUCUUUUAUAACAGCUCAACAUCAGAACUGUGAGCUCAGUCACUGGAAACGUAGACUCACAAAUUCUUCUCUACAGAUGGCGCCGAAUUUUGGAUUUCUGGUUGUGGCAUUUUUGGUUUUGGCGUGGAGAUGUGAAUCGGCCGCCUUCGGUCCGGUGUCUGAACUCCAUCGAUCUGCAGCGUUGGAGAUUUUUAAUGCUGCCGAUGGGUCUUUUGGAAGUGCCGAAUGGCAUCAUUUGUGCAAUAAUUUUGUCUUUGGUGGUGCCUUAUGUCUGGAGGAUACGUACGAGGCAUUAAAGACAUUUGAGGUUCUUGGGAUUGAAAAGAAGUUUGAUGUUAAAACUUCUGCAUGUGCAUCUGUAGCGAGCACCCUAUUGUCUGCUUCGUCAGCUGUGAAGGAUUUAUUCCAUGCUCUUAGCGUCAAUGGCCUACUGAAGUGUGAGCUCAAGAAUGAGGCUUUUAGGGGAGUUGAAUCUAGACUUCAAGAUUCUCUGAGUGUUGCGAAUUCACUUCUUCAUUAUUACUAUUCUGUAGGAGGUCUAGUCCUGUUGAAGGAUCAGACUUCUGAAGUUGAUGUUCACCUUAAUGAUGCUGAUAAGAUAUUUCGCUCUAUUAAGUCUCUAAGUCAGAGUGAUGGGAGGUGGCGCAUUAGUUCCAACAACCCAGAAUCUAGUAAUGAUGCUGCGGGGAUAGCACUUGAAACCCUUGCUGGGGUAAUUUCUUUAGCAUCUUCUGAGAUUGAUCAUUCUCUGAUUGCUACUCUGAAAAGUGACAUUGGGAAGCUUUUUGAUGGCAUUGAAAGAUACGGUAUGUUGCUCCUUGUUUUUCCUCUACGAAAGGUGCUGAGCCGUGCCUCACAGGCGCCUCUCGCGCGAAAAGGUGAGCCGGGGUGGAUUAAGGCGUGCGCCUCGGAAAUGGGGCCGCCUCAGGCAGUUGCGAGGUGGCUUAACCCUUGCCUCGGUCGCCUCUCGCCAUGGCAUGAUGGAACUUGUUACUUUGAUGAGAAACUUGUUGAUGCACGUGGCCAUCAGGGUCCUCUUUCAGCUUCCGCAUCAGUAAUUCGUGGAAUCACAGCUUUUGCUGAAGUCACCAAUGAAAGUUUAAAUCUUCCGGGGGAGAAAAUUUUGGGUUUGGCCAAAUUUUUUCUUGGUGUUGGAAUUCCUGGAAGUGCUAAAGACUUGUAUUACCAAAUUCAUGCCUUGGCAUGCUUGGAAAACAUUAGGCAAGUCAUAGUUACUUCUUCUUAUGGAACUCCCUCUGUAUUUCACCUUCCCCAUUCUCAAUUUUCUGCCUCUCCUUAUAAUUCUGUUAAAAAGUUACUUUCUGAAUUCAUGGGAUCAGUUCCUCUGAUUCUGUCACUGCCAGCUACUGUCCUUUCAGUGACCAAGAAAGAUCAACUUAAGGUUAGAAUCAGUACUGUGUUGGGUUCACCUGCCCCGCCUCUGUCAGUGAAGCUCAUGCAGAUAUUUGUAUCUGGUUCUAAAGAUGCUUCUAUUAUUGACCAGAAGCUGAAAUUUGACCCUGAGAAUGCAGUGCAUGUCUUGGAAACAUUGCCUACAAAUGUUGAUGUUGGAAAAUAUAUCUUUUCUUUUGAGAUUGUGUUUGAGGAUCCAGAACAUAAGAAAAAUUAUGCUACUGGUGGGAGGACUAAAGUACUUAUUCAUGUGACUGGAGCCAUUAAAAUCGAGAAUGCAGAGAUUGAAAUACUUGACAGUGACCUUGAGAGUGUGGAGACUAAGAAGAAGCUGGAUUUAUCAGGAGAAAACUCUCUUGCUUUGUCUGCUAAUCAUCUCCAGAAGUUGAAGUUAUCCUUUAGCUUGACUAGCCCAUUUGGAAAUGUUUUCAGGCCUCACCAGGCAUUCGUCAAGCUUAGACAUGAAAGUGGAGUUGAACACAUCUUCCUGGUGGAGAACUCGAGGAAAAAAUCUGAGAUAAUUCUAGAUUUCUUGGGUCUGGUGGAGAAGUUCUUCUAUUUAUCUGGAAGAUAUGACAUUCAACUCACAGUUGGAGACUCAGUCAUGGAAAACUCUUUCUUGCAAGCUCUGGGUCACGUUCAAUUGGAUCUUCCAGAGGCACCCGAAAAAGCCCCCAAACCGCCCGCAAAACGGGUCGACCCAUACUCCAGAUAUGGACCAAAGGCAGAGAUAGCUCACAUUUUCAGAGCUCCAGAAAAACGACCCCCUACAGAGCUUUCUCUUGCUUUCUUGGGCUUCGUUCUCUUGCCAUUUUUUGGUUUCUUGGCUGGGCUUGUAUACCUUCGUGCUAACCUGAAGAAUUUGCCCAAAUCUACUGUUCCUGCAACUUUUGCUCUUCUCUUCCACUUGGGUAUUGCUGCAGUUCUAACACUCUACGCACUCUUCUGGAUCAAGUUGGAUCUGUUCAUUACAUUGAAGGCACUUGGUAUACUUGGAAUUUUCUUGAUGUUUUUCGGGCACAAGACACUUUCCCAUCUUGCAUCCAUUUCUGCCAAGCUGAAAUCUGCAUAAUUCACGUAAAAACUCCUUCCGUGAUUUACAAGGCAUAGAAAAGUGAAUUUGGUGUUUCGGGAGUCGGAUUCAAUCUUUAUUCGGGAGUUGGUUAUUAAAUUAUGUAAUUGCAUCAGAAACUCCAUGGCAGAGAAUUUUGAUUUUACACAAACCAAUACCAUUUGGCGAGUCUUGGGCAUAGGCCGUAUAGCGAUUGGGCAUAGCAAAAAAUUACUGUAAGAAAGGAAAAUGUAACUGUACGGGAUUUGUUAGCCAACCAUCAUCAUCGUUUAUCUUAAUUGGCCUUAGUGAAUUUUAGUUUUAUCUUUGAUAUAGCAGGUGACAGAACUAUAUGAAUGAAAAAAAAAGGGAUGGAUAAUGGAAGACUUCAAAUUUAGUGGGUUUUGUAGUAUUUGUUCUCUGUUUUUGAUUUGACUUGAUAUGUUAUGUUUGAGGUUUCUACUGUUGGGUUUGGUAAGCAUAAAAGCGCUUAUAACUUACAUGUAUCCAAAUAAUCUUGGUUUGGUAGGACGGAUUAUAAC